AUGUCCUGGGUCAGCCCUCCAUACCAUCUCAAAACACUGAAUUGUAUGCCCACAUACAUUGAGAACAUCAAGGACGAUAAGGGAGCCAAAGAAGAAGAAUAAUUCCCUUAGCGACGUAGUUCUCAAUGAGUGGGAGCAUUCAUGGACCUUCCUUGGAGGGAGCCACUCAACCCAGCACAUUAAGGAGGACCAUUUCACAAGAAUGAACGUGGACGCAUUUCCAUUUUCAUUAAUCUAGUACUCCUCUAGCUAUAUCUAAUAUGAAUACAUGCCCAGAAAGCGGGCCAAUCAAGGGCCCGCUGCGCUGGGCAUAGGUUAACAGCUAGACCGCGCGACUAAUAUCUAAGACUUACAGAAAGACGAACGAAAAAUCAUAUAAAUUAGUAGAAGUUCUUCUUCUUGUUCUUCUUCUAACAACAGUUGAUCACUCAUGCAGAAGCAGCUCUGUACCCUUGGCCUGGCGCAGAUGGCGACUUCGAAGUGGAGCAGGUGGAUAACUUUUUUUAUGAGAUGAUUUCAAAUAUGAUUAGACAUGAACAAGUUAGAUCGACUGCGGCUACCGCUAGAGCCUAGGUCUAGGGCCUACUGGGUUAGGGCUAGGUCAGGGCUCUUCUAGUAAUGAAGUUCGCAAGUGAAUACCUUCACCUAAUGAUGCUCGAAGAAGUGGAGCACUAAUGUUUAUGUUCUACUCACUCUCUUCUAAUAAUGUUGAUGAGUGUAGUAGUAGUUCUCCCAUUCUAUAGCUCCUUGUAAUGUCCUUUUGAAUGCAGUUGAUGACUGUUCUCCUUCUCACCCUCUCUCUCUCUAAGAGUCUCCCCCUCUACUUCUCUCUCACCCUGUGUGAUCUUUCUCUUAGACCUCUUGCCAGGCAAGUGAGUCAAUCAAUCAGCCAAUCAAUCUUUAACUUUGUUCUUUUGCUUUGUGGCAGGACCAGCUGUACUUGAGCAAGCUGUUUAGGGAGUCGAUGGUUCCAGAGAGCUUCUUCCAGGACCAAGGCUGGACCGAUGACGGAUUUUUGCACCGUUUGGAUCUGUGGGAACCGAGUAAGAACCAGAAAGACCCUCAAACUGGGGAACCUGUGAAGCCGGAACAUCAACCCUGUUAUGUGAGUGUCGUGGUGAACAAUUUUAUCACAUAUCGAAGACUACAAGGGAGCACAAGCACUUCUGAAUCCACCUAUUUAGCAGUAUCUCGGUUAUUCUCGUCUGCUGCUCGCUUAUUUCAGUUUAUCGAAGAUCAUGGGCAUCGGAUCAAAAGCAUCCUUGUGCUGUGCUAGGUCUUCCUAUACGCAGAUGCUGAAAGUAUCUUCUGUAGUUUACAAUUUCUCUUAGACUUUCUGAGUAGUACAAGAAAAAAGGGUAGAAGCAGUAAAUGUUGCACAACCUCCAGUUGAAUGUAAUCUACCUAUAUGCUGGGGGAGCAUUGUUAUCCACCUGCUCCGCAUCGUCCUAUAUGUCUCAUUAAGUAUAUUCAGUGCACAAACAUAAGCAGAUGUAGAGGACUCCCUCAAGACGAGAGGGAGAGUUGUCCUAUAAAUAUAAUUCAAUGCAACUACUACAUAAGAUUAAGAGAAAGAACACCAGCACUCUCACUCUCUCUCUCUUAAACAUAAGUAGAGCACCCUCUAAGUCGGCAUUCGCCCGUCCGGUAGAAUGCUUGAAUCGUGUCACAUGGUGCUUAUUGUGCUGCAAGAUAUCCCAGGAACGUCAUUGAAGCAAGGUGACAUCAUCACCCACUUUGGCGAGGACAAUUUGAGCGCGAGGCUCCCGGACCCACCUUAAGAACCUUUACUAAAUUCUCCUUCUGCUCAUCAAGUUUUCAUUCUGACGUGAGUAUAUUUAUCCGGAAGUAUACAGCGUGCUCGUCUGUUUGUCUAGCGCUUCGUAUUUAGUACCCAACGAGUUUUGUCUUAGUUUGUGUUUGUCUGUCUGUCUGUCUGUGUAGCCUUUUGUAAGUACAUGACGACGUGGCGGUCUUCGUUUGUAGCCCGCUUCUCUAACUUGUGCGACCAAAAGAUGUCGUCGGAACAGAGGAGCUACAUGCCCAGCUGAAGCCUAAAGAUUAAGGAUUAUUUCGAUAUUGCAUUCUUAAGUACCAUCCAUCACUCGUUUCCUAGUAGGAAGAGGGUCAAGGAUGAUCUGAGGAAUGCAGUAUCGCAAUCGCUAAAAAGAGUGGACGGAAAAACCAAGCAAGCCGAGGCCAGGAAGUAACGAGCCAGGACCAAAACUAUUCAACAGGGAGCCUCACCUUUUUUAAGGCGUGAUGAUCCUAGUCCUAGUGGGCGGUAUAGGCAGUUCUUCUUUUUUCUCUGUAUUGAGUGGAAAUCCAUUGUCAUUGUACAGAAUCCAUAACAUACCCCAAAGAGGUAAAAAAUUUAGUUGCAGUAUCAUGUCAUACACCGACGCAGACAACUACAAACUCAAAUCAGUCACGCGGCCUCUGUAAUACAAAGACGCAAUUAACAAGUCGAAAUAUUAGCAUUAGGUAACUCGUCUGUCAUUGAUAGUCAGCAGCGGAAAAGCUUGGGCAGUCUCCUCACUCUCUUUCUGAAAAACCUGAUACUGCAUUAUUGAUUGAAGCGACCUCAGUGAGGUUUUGAUAUACUUACCAUUUAACAGAGUAAUAUUAAGAUGAUCAACAUGAACAUGAUAGCUAAACUUCUUCAGGAGUGUUCUUUUCUAGUAUAUUCCUCUGGUCUUUCUGAUACUAGUUCCUGAUUCCUUUCGGUUCAAGAACAUUGAUCUGCUAGCCUCUAAACUCAUCAUCUACUCCACAACUCUUUCAGCUUGUCGCCAUCAUGUGGAGUAGUAGCGUUUUGCUGGAGGGAUUCAGUCUAGUAACUCUCUUCUAUAUAUAAUUACAACUGCCGCUGGAGGCAGACUUUCUACAGUCUAUAUCGAAGUAUACAGUUUAAGUUGUUUGCCUAAUUUUUUAUAUCUACUCUCUAACUUCUGGAGGCAGACUACAGUCUUUUCGCCUUUGCGAAUGCGGGGCCAGCUUUCCCAGUUUGGGGGAUGAAUGCUGAAAACUUGGCUGACACGACAUCGGAAAGUCCGGACAUUGAGGCUCAAUAAUGCAAUUCAUUUCUACAAGCAGUUCACUUCUACAAGCCUUUUUUCUUGUAGUGAGUGAGAGCGAGUUCCGUGAAGAACCUACAAGCCAUUUCUCCCUAGUUCCUUCAUAGGAUCGAUUGCGAGAAAUUGAAAUGUGCGCAAGAAAAAGAAUAAGAAAUUAAUUGUCAGGCUCAGGCUUGAGGUCUUUCUAAUGCCGGCUAUCUCGUCAUGUGGCAUCCGUAUAUUUUGGAUCUUAGAGGUGGUUCAAUCGGGAGAAUGCUGCGACCUCGUCUCACACAUAAAACCAUGCAAAUACACGACGAGCGACCUAAAUCGCGAAGGCAGCAAGACAAAGUUACGGGCAGGAGAUAAGACAGGAUACCAGAAGCAUUAGCGCGCUAAGCGUACUCGGUUUUAAACUCAUUUGAGACCGUGUUCCGCAUGAUUCUCAUAUAAGACCCAAAGCGCCUUUUCCGAAUAAGAAUAAAAAUCGGGGCCUUUGGUCUAAAACUGACGAUAUAUUACAUGUACACCCACCCCGCCCACUAAUAGCACUAACAUCUUCUUGGCCCUUUUUUCAAGUUAUCGAAAUCUUGAAAAAAGCGAGUAGCUAGCUGAAAUGGUCUAGUCAUUUGAGGUGCACACAUGGCAUGACUCUGAAGAAUGUAGUUGUAAUCAUUAUAGGUGAAGUGGAAAGAAGCUUUAAGAAAGAGCUGAUCACAUCCGACGUACAAUCAGUGGAGUUGCUACCUGGGCUUCCCGUAAGGGUGCGAAGCGACAUCGACGUACCCCAAGCGUCCUACCUAG